AUGGCGUCGACGACUUGCGCAAGGGAGGUGCAUUACAGAGGAGUAAGAAAGAGACCGUGGGGUCGUUACGCGGCGGAGAUAAGAGAUCCUUGGAAGAAAACUAGGGUUUGGUUAGGUACUUUCGACACUCCUGAAGAAGCAGCUCUCGCUUACGACGGCGCCGCCCGUUUCCUCCGUGGUAUCAAAGCCAAGACUAACUUUCCUUCUCCUCUCUCCCUCGACCUCAACCACCUUCCUUCCGUUCCCUCCUCCGCCGCCGCCCCCGCCGUAAAUAACCAUCACCAACACCAUCAACAACACCUCUGGUUCUCCGCCGCUCCUCCUCCUCCUCCACCAAUCUCCGACCACCACCACCACCAUCACCGGCUCUUUCUUCGAACCGAUGUGCUCAACGACAAAACCUCCGAUAUCUCCCGGCCUACUGAAGCGCCGCUUUACUUCACCGCCUUACCUCCUGCUGCCACUUCAUCUCCCGCUGCUCAAGUUUUUGGAUUUCCGAUGAUGAGUUCUUCUCCUCCCUCGUCGACGGUGAGACGUGGCUUAGCCAUUGACCUCAACGAGCCGCCGCCGCUUUGGUUGUAA